AGCCGGGGGGGCGGCCGGGCGCGGCAAUGGGUCUGCCUGAUGCAGAGCUGGCGGACCCUACGAGCAUCUCUGGGUCAUUGCGAUGCAGCAUUUGCACGGAUGUCUAUUGGGACCCGGUCUUCUGCGGUGGCACACCUUGUCAGCACAUCUUCUGCAGGGACUGCAUUGAGAAGGCCUUGGAAAGGCGGCUGCGUUGCCCCCUGUGUGGCCUGGAGAUGCAGCCAGAGCAGCUGAUGCCAAGCCUUAUCGUGCAGAACCUCUUGGAUGAGCUUAUGGUGCGCUGCAAGCACUUAGCCCUGGGCUGUAUUUGGCAAGGCUGCCUGCAGGAUCGCUGCGAACACGAGAGAGGCUGCCUGGUGUUGGCGAACCACGCCUUCCUGGAGGAGAACCAGCAGCUGCGAGCGGAGAACCAGCGGCUCAAAGCGGAGAACCAAAAGCUGCGAGAGGUGAACCUCGAGAACCAGCAGGACCUCAGCAAGAUCUCCACGCAGCUGCGGCAGCUUCAAGUGCCAGACAACCGGGUCAACAUUUUCUGCAAAAACUUCAGUGGCAGGACCUACGUCUUCCAAGUCUCUUUGAAUGAGAAGGUCGCAGAAUUGAAGCAGUGCAUCUCUAAGAAGUUCGACCUAGAGCCCGAGCUCUUCAAGGUGAUGUACCGCCUCAGGCCGCUGCCAGAAAACAGCGUCCUGAAAGCGCAGGGCCUCCAGAGCGAGUCAGAGGUCUCCGUGUGCAUCACAUCUCAGAUGAAAACGCUCGCCCAGUUGAGCCCAGCCAAAGACAAGCGCCCAUGAGUGACGGAAAUUGAGUAGGGCGAGAAGUGUCGGAUGGAUGCCAUCUUGUGGAAAUGU